AUGGGCACCGCCGGCUCCUCGGCUCUGGCCCGCCUGGGCCUCCCCGCGCCGCCCGGGCCCCGCUGGCUGGGGGUGGCCGCCCUGGGACUGGCCGCGGUGGCGCUGGGAGCCGUCACCUGGCGCCGCGCGCGGCCCGGUCGGCGCCGGCGGCUGCAGCAGGUGGGCACGGUGAGCGAGCUGUGGAUCUACCCGGUCAAGUCCUGCAAGGGGGUGUCGGUGGACGCGGCCGAGUGCACGGCCCUGGGGCUGCGCAGCGGCCACCUGCGGGACAGGUUUUGGCUGGUGAUAAAGGAAGACGGACACAUGGUGACUGGCCGGCAGGAGCCUCGCCUUGUGUUGGUCUCCAUCACCUCUGAGGACGACCGCCUGAUCCUCAGGGCUCCAGGCAUGGACCAGCUGGUUUUGCCGACCAAGCUGCAUUCUUCAAACAAGGUCCAUGACUGCAGGGUGUUUGGUCUUGACAUCCAGGGCAGGGACUGUGGCGACGAGGCUGCUCAGUGGUUCACCAACUUCUUGCAAACAGAUGCUUUCAGGCUGGUUCAGUUUGAAAAGAACAUGAAGGGAAGAGUGGCAAAUGAAAUGUUGCCUUUUUUGGACCAGAAUUACCAGGUGGCGUACCCGGACUGCAGCCCGGUCCUGAUCCUGUCGGAAGCCUCCCUGGCCGAUCUGAAUACCAGGAUGGAGAAGAAAGUGAAAAUGAACAAUUUCAGGCCAAAUAUCGUGGUGACAGGCUGCAAUGCUUUUGAGGAGGACACUUGGGAUGAACUUCUCAUUGGCAAUGUAGAAAUGAAAAAGAUUUUGGCUUGCCCCAGGUGCAUUAUGACCACGGUGGACCCAGAUACUGGAGUGAUUGACAGGAAGGAGCCACUCGAAACCCUGAAGAGUUACCGCCUGUGUGAUCCUUCUGAGAAGUCAAUUAACAAGUCGGCUCCACUGUUUGGAAUCUAUUAUUUGGUGGAAAAAAUCGGAAGCCUGAAAGUUGGUGACCCCGUGUACCAGAUGGUGCAGUGA